CCUCAUUCGAACUCCCAAGGAUAAGGGAGAAGGAGAGAGCCACACAACCAAGAAAGCAAGAGAAAGGGGAAGCUGCCCGCAGGUUCAUUUUCCAGUGCGUUGGUUUGUUUGUUUGGUUCAUAUCUCGAGCUAUACUUAUCCAAAUAAGGCGUGUGAGGUGCCCAAAGAAAGCUCUCAAGAAGUGGAAUCCAUAGACGUGCGGUUUGAAGGAAACGGAGAAGUUGAAGGCCUCCAAAUCGUCCGAACAAAACGCAACCUCGCAGAAUACGUUUUUGUAUUCAAAGUUAGGGAACGAAUUCGCCGGAAAAACACUCGUUCUAGGGGCUGUUUUCGUAUCGACAUUUAGGGGUUGAGCUAGCACUUUGAGGAGGCUGUUUAACACUCAUAUUUAAGCAAGGAAUCAGUUCAUAAUCCACCUUGACCGGAGCUUUGACCAUUGGAUCAAGAAGGAAAAGUUUAAAGCUCAAUUAAGGUUGAGGCUCGAGCUUGCUACUUGUGCCCGUUGCUCGGGUGAUCCUUUGGAGAGAAGACGUGGUUCGUGCUUCCUCCAUUCUGAUUUGAACACUAAUAAAUUUGCUCAUGGAUAUUUUACUAUAGAGCCUGCGUGCUCAUGAAUAGCCUUGUGUGGCCCUUUUGUUUUUAACAAUGUUUUCCGCUGCGUUAUGAAUUACUUAUUAUGUUUGUUUAUGGAUGUUAUGUGUGUGAAUGAUAUUCAAGACGCCUUGUAUAAUAUGAAUGUGUUGGACUGCGGUUGACUAUUCGUAUUGUACGGCGGGUUGUUGACGUGUCCGGGGAGGUCCGGGGCGUGACAAUUUAAUUGGUAUCAGAGCCUUAGUCCAUAAACUUCAUAAUGAAGUCUCAAAAAUUCUCUUUUCAAAAUGAUUUUUGAAAACCAUGAGCAUAAACGUUUUGUACUUGUAGAGCUUUUGGGACUUGAGUUGCAAGGUCUCUAAUUGUUAAGAUGGUACCCUUAGCCAUUGGUAUGACAGCAAUUUGAGCCAAAUAGUGUCUUAAGUACCGAUCUGUCAAUUGACAUUUGAUACGAGUCUAACGACUCUUUCCAAAUUUCUUUCAGAAAUGGACUGUGGUGGCAAGGUUACUAAGAGAAACUCGACGGGCCGUGCACCGGUGGAGACUGGGCAGGGCAGUCGUAGGACCUCUAAGGUAUCUAGAGGAGCGGGCCGUGGAGGUCGAUCACAAACCGUGAGUGACGGUCAUAUGAGCACUGAGAGUGACAGCUACUGGUCCUACGAGGACUCGACCUAUCAACCGGAAACCGAGCCGGUUGAGACCCCUUAUGAAGGGGAUGAUGAUGUAAGUGAUGAAGAGGAGGAAAAUGGCUCCUUAGCAUGAAUCGAAGCAUUACUCCAACAGUAUCACCGUGAGCGUGAGGAAAGGAGGGAACGCCAAAGGCGCCGAGCUGGACAACCUCCGGGUGGGGCUUCUGGAGUGAGAAGCCAUGUCGACUCUAGGACCCACAUCAAACCACAUGGGGGCCGAGGUGAUGGAGGUCCAACCAUAAGGAUCUCCAAGUACAUUAAGGAGGCAAGGGACUUGGGGUGCAAACCGUUCGAUGGGACGGGAGACAUCUCGAUUGCCGCUCAAUGGAUCAAGAGGUUGAAUGAGGCAGCUCUUGACAUGCAACUCACGCCCAAUCUUAAACUGAGGAUUGCAGUAAGAUUACUUGAGGGGAUGGCAUCCAAGUGGUGGGAUGGGACAAAAGGCAAGUAUGGUGAAACUGUCGUUUGGGAGGACUUCCGACGGGAGUUCUUUGCCCAAUAAUACUCUGAUUUUGAGGUAAAUGCAAAGGUGAGGGAAUAUACCCUUCUAACUCAGGGUGGUAACAUGACGGUGAGGGAACUUGAGCACAAGUUCAGGGACCUUGCCGACUAUAUACCGGAGUAUGCAUGUGACGAGAACCGAAUGGUGAACCACUUCUGGGAUGCCCUAGACUUGGAGAUACGUGAUAGGGCAACACAAUUGCCUAACAUGACCUUCAGCCAAGUGGUUGAUCAAGACUUGAAAGGGGAGAAGCAAUGGGAGGAGAGGAAGAGGAGAGAUGCCGAAGAGGCGAAAAAGAGAAAGGGGGAGAGUCAUGGCCCUCAAGGUUCCAAUAAAAAGGGAAACCAUGGAGGAGGAUCUUUCUAAACACCACCGCCCCCACCUAGGGGGAACCAAGGCCCGAAUGGACAAGGAUCACGGACCUCGGGGGUAGCUCGGUGCAAUAAUUGCAAAAGGAGCCACUUUGGCAAGUGUCGUGACCCUCCUACAUGCUUCCAAUGUGGGGAUGCUGGGCAUUUGAAGAUGAAUUGCCCACAAUUGGGUGGGGCAAGGUCAUCGGGACCAAGUAGAGGGGCUACGGGAACAAGAAACCAAGCCCGGGGUUCCCAAUUAACUAGGGGGAAUGGAGGAGCAAGCACGAGCAACGCGCCAUCGGUGAAUCAAGAAAGGACUCAAGCUAGAGUCUAUGCGAUGACAGAGGCGGAUGCUCAAGCUAACCCGGAUUCCGUUGCAGGUAUUACCUCUUGUAUACUUGUGUUUUAUCCUUAAUUAGUCCAUAAAUUGAGGUUACUAGUCGUUGGGAUCAUUGCACGAAGCUUUGAGGUCGAACCGGGAGGAUUUCGGGCAGUUUCGGGCUGUUUUCGCCCAGGCACGAUCGUGCCUAAGGGCACGCACGAUCGUGCCUGCAUGGCAGUAGCUCCCUAGAAUUUUUCCAAGCCAGGCACGAUCGUGCCUACCCCCAGGCACGCCGUGCCUGGCACCCAGAUUGCCGAAAACCGAUUUUUCGCACCGUUUUGCGACGUUAAGACCUUUUCUUGAUCCCUAACGUGUGUGUGAACAUUGUAACCUUCUAUAAAUGAGUAGGGAGGGUAAGAAAGAUGUCUUACAUGGUUCAUGAAUGUAGGGACACUAAAGAUUAAUGGGAAGGAUGCACGAAUCCUUAUCGAUACCGGGGCGCAACGUUCAUUCGUGAAUGAGGCAUUCGCCGAGGGCUUAGAGAUACAACCAAUGCCGUUGACGCAAACUUUAGUGGUAUCGAAACCACUAGGGGAUGACGUUGAAAGAACCUAUUACUAUCCAUCUUGUGAGGUGGAAGUCGGUGGCCAAACCUUGACGUGUGAUUUUGUACCGCUGAGUAUGAUGGAGUUCGAUGCAAUCCUAGGGAUGGAUUGGCUAGAAAAGCAUAAUGCUAGGGUAGAUUGCUACACAAAGGUUUUGAAACUCGAAGGCAAUGAUGGGGACACCCUACGCUUCGAGGGGGACCGAGGCAAAUCAAAUAGCUGUAUCAUAUCCGCCGUGAGAGCAAGGAGUAUGAUGAGAAAAGGGAUGCUACCCAUAUCUAGCAUACGUGGUUGACAAAACCAAGGAGGAAGUGAACAUCGAAGACGUGAGGGUGGUUUGUAAGUACCCGGAUGUCUUCCCAAAAGACCUGUCGGGGCUUCCACCUGAUAGGGAGAUUGAAUUUGUGAUCGAGGUCGAGCCUGGUACAAAACCAAUCUCCAUACCACCAUACCGUAUGGCACCCGCUGAACUUACCGAGUUGAAAACCCAAUUGCAAGAGCUUUUGGAUAAUGGUUUCAUUAGACCCAGCCACUCCCCGUGGGGAGCGCCUGUUCGUUUUGUGAAAAAGAAAGAUGGGACACUUCGAAUGUGUAUUGACUAUCGUCAACUGAACAAGGUCACAAUCAAGAAUAGGUAUCCUUUGCCUAGGAUUGAUGACUUGUUUGACCAACUAUGAGGGGCAACGGUGUUUUCAAAGAUCGACUUGAGGUCGGGUUACCAUCAAUUGAAGAUUAAGGAAGAUGACAUACCAAAAAGUGCUUUUCGCACAAGGUAUGGACAUUUUGAAUUCCUUGUUAUGUCGUUUGGGUUAACAAACGCCCCAGCGGCAUUCAUGGACUUGAUGAACCGAGUACUUCAUAAAUACUUAGACCGAUUCGUGAUUGUGUUCAUAGAUGACAUCUUGAUUUACUCAAAGAGUGAAGAAGAACAUGAGGAGCACUUGAUACUUGUCCUUGAGACACUACGGGAGAAGCAACUCUAUGCCAAAUUUUCUAAAUGUGAAUUUUGGCUAAAGGAAAUUGGCUUUCUCGGGCAUGUAGUUUCGGGAUCGGGAAUUGCUGUUGAUAGCAAGAAGAUAGAAGCCAUUACCGAAUGGGAGAGGCCAAAGAACGUCAAGGAAAUUCGUAGUUUCCUUGGGUUGGCAGGCUACUACAGAAAGUUCGUGGAGAAGUUCUCUGUUUUGGAAUCACCAUUGACGAAGCUCACUCGUAAAGGAGCUAAGUUCGUGUGGGAUGACAAAUGUGAGAAGGGGUUCUUAGAAAUGAAGAAGAGGUUAACCGAGGCACCGGUACUUGCAUUACCCAAAUGGGGUGUGGGGUACGAUGUCUAUAGUGACGCAAGCAUCCAAGGGUUUGGAUAUGUGUUGAUGCAGAUGGGGAGGGUAGUCGCCUAUGCUUCACGACAGUUGAAGAAGCAUGAGGUAAACUAUCCUACUCAUGAUUUAGAGCUGGGAGCAGUGGUGUUUGCAUUGAAGAUUUGGAGACACUAUCCCUACGAAGAGCCGUGUCACAUAUACGCUGAUCAUAAGAGCUUGAAAUACGUGUGUACUCAAAAAGGGUUAAACAUGAGACGACGACGGUGGAUGGAGUUGAUAAAGGACUACCAUCUAGUUAGUGAGUACCAUCCAGGUAAGGCAAACGUUGUAGCAGGUGCCCUCAGUCAAAAGAGUUCGUCUGAGGCAUUGCUGACUAGUUUGAGGGCAUUGAGAGCCCAAUUGGAUGUAUAGCCGCCUGUAGAGGUACGUGAGGAUGUGAACUACGCUGUGCAACCGAUUAAGGUCAUUGAUAGAAAGGUGAAGAAACUGCGGAGUAAAGAAGUCCCAAUGGUUAAAGUCUUUUGGAAGAGCGAUCGCGUCAAAGAAGAGACAUGGGAAAUAGAGGCUUUGAUGAGGGAGCAGUAUGCUUCCCUAUUUGAGUAGAGUUGCGAAUUUCGGGGACGAAAUUCCUGUUAAGGGGGGGGGGUGAACUUGUGACACCGCACCCGAACGUCCUUGAAAAACUCAAUAUAAAAAAAAUUAAUUUCUAUGUAUUGAAUUUUUUAUUUCCAAACAAUUGUAAAACGAUUAAUGUUUUACGUAGCGCAUGAUUGAUUUUUGUAUUGUUCAAACUCGUAUAUUAGUGUCGGGUUUGCAAAUACUUAUUUGGGCCUUAUUAAUGAGAAUAAGAGCCCAACAUUAUCUAAAUAAUGUUACAUAACCAUUCAAGACAAGUUGAGGAAGGUCGGGCGGCCCAAGCAUUAUUUUGGGCCCAACCUGCUAAAAAUAGUAAGUAUUCAAGAAGGGCGUCCGAGGCCCACUCGAGGGUGACCCACAUGGCUAGUAGUCCAAUAAUAUGAAUGACUAAUGUCAAAAUAAGUAAUUGAAUGAUUAGAGAAGAAUGCAAAUACCUAUGGUCCCAUUUUUGGUAUUAUUGAGUUAAAUAACGGGAGUAGGUUUUUCUUUUAUAAUAUUCAUCAUGUAAAUUAUUGGGAUGAUCAUACACAUAUUGGAGAUCAAUAAUAUGAUGUAGAGAGCUGAAUUGUUCUAAAUAAAUUGUAAUGGGUACAAAAAGACAUCUUAUGACAAAGAGAUCAAAAGUGAGACUCACCCAUGUCUAAAAACAUCUCAUGGAGACCAUACCAAUUCAUUUCACUCCACACAACUUAUCCAACCUUAUUGAAGGGUCUUAAACACUCCUUUAAUCCCCUCAUUCGAACUCCCAAGGAUAAGGGAGAAGGAGAGAGCCACACAACUAGGCCUGUCAGUGGGUCGGGUCUAGACCCGGACCCGACCCGGACCCGGUUGUUUUUAACGGGUAUGGGUCCUUAUUUUAUUCCGUUUACCCGGACCCGAACCCGGACCCGUUAGUACUUUUAAUAAACGGGUCGGGUAUGGUACAUAUGAUUCCGACCCGUUAAGGACCCGGACCCGUUUAAAAUUUCUUAUUAGUAUAUAUACACACUAAUAUAUAAAGAGAUUAGUUAUAAUACUUCAAAUAAAAAUACAAACUAAUAUAUAUAUAUAUAAAGUGAUUAGUUUUAAUUCUUUGAUUAAAUAUAUACAAAUUAAUACAUACCUAAUGUAUAAGUGAUAAUAUAAUAGUAUAUAAUAUCCUUUUUGUCCAAAAGAACUUUUUGUGACCUAAUUUCUAGUCUAAUAUACGAAUUUUCUAUGGGAGAGAAAGAGACACAAAGUACGGAAUUGUACGCAUCUACAACAAACGAUAUUUUAUUCAAUAAAAGUAUUAAUUUUCUAUGAUAAACCUUGAUUUUUUUUGAAAAGUGAAGAUAUAUUUUGCUCUUAAAUUUGUGCACUUUGAUUUACAUUUCAUAUACAUGUUUUGCUAUUUUUAAAAAAUUAUAUAAUGUUGUGUCAAAAAAAUUAUAUAAUGUUGGUGCACUUGUGCAUAUGAUUCUUGGCGGGUCUACCCGACCCGGUUCCGAGACCCGUUGGGUCCGGGUCCGGGUCCAAAUUUUUAGACCCGCCAGGUAAACGGGUCGGGUCCGGGUCCUUUAUUUACUUAGCGGGUCCGGGUCUGGAACACUACGUUCCGACCCGGACCCGACCCAUUGACAGGUCUACACACAACCAAGAAAGCAAGAGAAAGGGGAAGCUGCCCGCAGGUUCAUUUUCCAGUGCGUUGGUUUGUUUGUUUGGUUCAUAUCUCGAGCUAUACUUAUCCAAAUAAGGCGUGUGAGGUGCCCAAAUAAAGCUCUCAAGAAGAGGAAUCCAUAUACAUGCGGUUUGAAGGAAACGGAGAAGUUUAAGGCCUCCAAAUUGUCCGAACAAAACGCAACCUCGCAGAAUACGUUUUUGUAUUCAAAGUUAGGGAACGAAUUCGCCGGAAAAACACCCGUUCUAUGGGGCUGUUUUCGUAUCGACAUUUAGGGGUUGAGCUAGCACUUUGAGGAGGCUGUUUAACACUCAUAUUUAAGCAAGGAAUCAGUUCAUAAUCCACCUUGACCGGAGCUUUGACCAUUGGAUCAAGAAGGAAAAGUUUAAAGCUCAAUUAAGGUUGAGGCUCGAGCUUGCUACCUGUGCCCGUUGCUCGGGUGAUCCUUUGGAGAGAAGACGUGGUUCGUGCUACCUCCAUUCUGAUUUGAACACUAAUAAAUUUGCUCAUGGAUAUUUUACUAUAGAGCCUGCGUGCUCAUGAAUAGCCUUGUGUGGCCCUUUUGUUUUUAACAAUGUUUUCCGCUGCGUUAUGAAAUACUUAUUAUGUUUUUUUAUGGAUGUUAUGUGUGUGAAUGAUAUUCAAGACGCCUUGUAUAAUAUGAAUGUGUUGGACUGCGGUUGACUAUUCGUAUUGUACGGCGGGUUGUUGACGUGUCCGGGGAGGUCCGGGGCGUGACACAGGAGCACAUUCAAAUGAGUAUAUCUAAUUGGUUUGUAUGAGGU